AUGGCGGCGUCCCUGGGACGGUAUGGAUGCGGUUCUCGCUUUGUUUUUUAUUUAAUUUUGUCGCUGGAGCUGCUCAACACAUUCGGACUGUGUUCGGACGCACCUUGCCCGCUUAACUGUACCUGCAGCGGGGAUUCGGUGGACUGUAGUGGCCGGGAACUGACCGUCCCGCCUCUGGACCUUCCAGUUCGGACCGUUUCCUUAAAUCUGGGAAACAAUAAGCUGGCCUCCAUCAGCACCGAAGCCUUUGCUAAUCUUCCUAACCUGCGUGAACUGCACUUGGAUCACAAUGAGCUCACGUCCAUACCAGAUUUAGGACAGGCUGCUUCCAAAAUAACAUCCCUCUACCUGCAUCAUAAUAAGAUCCGCAAUAUAGAUGGCAGACGAACCAUAGAGCUGGUUUCUGUGGAAAAGCUGGACCUGAGCAAUAAUGACAUCACUGACCUGCGAGAGGACGGCUUUCCCGCCGGACUUCGCAUCAGAGACCUAUACCUCAGCAACAACAAGAUCAGCACACUGGAAGUUGGAGCGCUGGACCGUCUGGGCUCAACUCUGCAGGUUUUGCGCCUUAGCCGAAACCGAAUAAGCCAGAUCCCGAUCCGAGCCUUCCAGCUUACAAGGCUCAUCCAGCUAGAGCUGAACAGGAACCGUAUCCUUCAGAUCGAGGGCCUAACCUUCCAGGGUCUGUCCAGCUUGGAGGUGCUGAAGUUGCAAAGAAACAGCAUCAGUAAACUGACUGAUGGAGCCUUCUGGAAUCUGUCCAAGAUGAAAGUCCUCCACCUGGAGUACAACAACCUGACUGAGGUGAACAGCGGCUCCUUGUAUGGCCUCAGCUCCCUCACACAGCUCUUCCUCAGCAAUAACUCCAUAGCCCGCAUCAACCCUGAUGGCUGGAAGUUCUGCCAGAGGUUGAGGGAACUGAAUCUGUCCUACAACAACCUGACCCGUCUGGACGAGGGGAGUCUGGCUGUGCUGGGGGAGCUGCACUCGCUGCGGCUGGGCCACAACGCCAUCAGCCACAUUGACGAGGGAGCCUUCAGGGGCCUGAAGGCCCUACGAGUCCUGGAGCUGGACCAUAACGACAUCUCUGGCACAAUAGAGGACACCAACGGGGCCUUCGCUGGAUUGGACAAGCUCAAUAAGCUGACUCUGUUUGGAAACAAGAUCAAAUCUGUGGCCAAGAAAGCCUUCGCCGGCCUUGAGACCCUGGAACACCUGAACUUGGGAGAGAACGCGAUCCGUUCCAUCCAGCCCGAUGCUUUCAGCCAGAUCAGGAUCCUGAAAAGCCUCCUCAUUCAGAGCAACAGUUUCCUCUGUGACUGCCAGCUCCAGUGGUUGCCCCUUUGGCUGCAGUUUCAUGGUCUGCAGACAGGUGUAAAUGCCACAUGUGCCCACCCAGUGAGCCUGCAGGGCACUAGCAUAUUUGAAGCUCCGCAAAAUGGCUUUGUGUGUGAUGACCUCCCCAAGCCUCAGAUCACAGUCCAGCCGGAGAACACGAUGACUGUACUGGGCAGCGAUGUGCGUCUCACCUGCAAGGCGGUGAGCAGCAGCUCCUCACCAGUGACUUUCGCCUGGCGCAAAGACCAGGAGCUGCUUUCCCACGCGGAGAUAGAGAACUUUGCACACCUGCACACCCGCCAUCAGGGCGCCACUCCCGACACGUCGGGGAUGGGCGGAGGCGUGAUGGAGUACACCACCAUCCUGCAUCUACGGCACGCCACCUUUGCCCAUGAGGGCCGUUACCAGUGCAUCAUCACCAACCACUUUGGCUCCACCUACUCCAACAAGGCUCAAGUUGUUGUCAACGUCCUGCCGUCCUUCCUGAAGACCCCCAGGGACAGCGCCAUCCGCACGGGGAACACCGCCAGGUUGGAGUGCGCCGCAGAGGGCCACCCGGCACCCCAGAUUGCCUGGCAGAAAGACGGCGGCACGGACUUCCCCGCCGCCCGGGAGCGCCGCAUGCACGUGAUGCCCGACGACGACGUGUUCUUCAUCAUGGGUGUGAAGCCCGAGGACAUGGGCGUCUACAGCUGCACAGCCAAAAACACGGCGGGCACCGUCUCGGCCAACGCCACCCUCACCGUGCUGGAAACGCCCCACCUGGCUCAGGACAUGAAGAACCCCAGCGUGGCGGCUGGCGACACGGUGGCGCUGCAGUGCAAAGCCCUUGGUAGCCCGCCGCCGCGUAUUACCUGGCUGCAUGACGACCGGCCGCUGCCCACCUCCGACCGGCACUUCUUCACCCCCGGCAACCAGCUGCUGGUCAUCAACUCCGCCUUGACGAAUGACUCCGGCCGCUACACCUGUGUAAUGUCCAACAGGCUGGGCACAGCACGCGCCCACAGCCAGCUGGUGGUGACCGAGCGCGGCUCGUGCUUGAGCACCAUUGGCAUCAUUGUCAUCGCCGUGGUUACAAGCAUUGUGGUGACAUCCUUGGUGUGGGUCUGCAUCAUUUAUCAGACGAGGAAGAAGAGCGAGGAGUGCAGCGUGACCAACACGGACGAGACGAUUGUCCCUCCAGAUGUCCCCAGCUACCUGUCCUCUCAGGGCACUCUGUCCGAGCGACAGGACGUGUGUAUCCGUGUGGAAGCUGGAAGCGGACCUCAGCCCAACGGGCACGUUUUAGACACCUCAGGGUUUGACGGAGCUGUGGUGUGUGCGAACUGCAUGGAGACCGGCAACAGCUACUCCACCGACACAGACUACCUGGCCCACGGAUUCGACCUCGCUCACGCCGGCGAGUACCAACAGGAGCCGCUAGCCCCGCCGCCGUACUCUCAGUGUAACCAGGCAAACGACGGGUCCCUCUGCAACGGCACACCCUGCAGUAUGCGAAAGGACCCGCAAGGAUCUGCCUUUCCCAAAAAUCACAACACGAUAGAGCGAAGUCAGGAUGACAGAACAGCAAGCAGAAGGGGAGCGACGCCGGCAGGCUGCCCGUCGCAGGAUGACUCCUUCCAUGAGCCGGUAAAGCUGGCCGGCGGGACAAACUACGGACGCUUGGACACUGACUGUGAGCCUGAGCUCAGGCAGACUCUGCUGCCAAACGGACACGCCCUCAGAGCCUCUCAGAGUGGGAGCGUCCCUCUAAGGAGAUCGAGCGACUAGCGGGACACUGAAUCAAGCUUUGAAUUCUUUCUUUGCACUGGGAAAUAAACUGCUACCUCACAUGGAGGGGGACGAUCCAGAGCCUCCCGCGUCCUGACCGACACCCGGGGGGGACAAAUAUACGUUCGUCGUCGAAAGGGAGAGUCGGGGGUUCAAAGAGGAAGCUUGUGUGGGUGGCGCCCCACCUGAGCGUAUCAGUUGUAUAUAGUUUAAAACCUUCCUCUGGGAGGAGACCAGUUUAAAGAAAGAACUUUAGUACCCAAAAAAAAAAGGAAAUAAAUGUGACUUGCAUUUGAAGCAUGCAAAUAUAGGGAAUCUUGUACAGUGUAAUUAUGUGCAGUAGGAAAAAAAGAGAAAUAUAAGAGGGACUUUUGACUGUACAUAAGAGUUUUCUUUAAUAUUAUAUAAGUUUUACAAAAGAGUGUUGGAAUAUCCGUGCAUGGCAAAGAAAGAAGUGAUAUUUUUAUUGUUCUUAGGGAGAAAAACGCCUUUUUCAGCUUUCACCAACAUCCAGCUGCAGUGCCUUAUUGCAUGAUCAAAGAAAACUCAACCUGUGAUUCUUAUUUUGUUUUUUGUGAAAGAUACAGGUACACAUUUUUUUUUUAUAGCAAAACACUUGGUUGCACUUGAUCUUUUUCUUUCUUUAGACAAAUGCUGCCAGCUAUGGCCUUACAGAAACGUAAUUCACCUGCAUUGUCGCAGAAUGAAGAAGGAGACUUGAUGUGAAAUAUUUUUGGUAUGUUUGUGGGCGGUCAGCUCAAGCACUUUUUAUACUCUUCAUUAACAGAUUGCGCAUUAACAUCCUCUGCUAACAGGAGUCCCUCCACCUGGGUGAGACUGCAGGUUAAAGUAAGGGGGUGACGUCACCAAGUUUGAGAUAAAAUAUGAUUUAUUUUCCAAAUAGAUUCAAACAGCCACCAAGGUGUCCUCCUUUCAGUUUCCUUCGUCAGUAACCACUUCCACACCGAAGUGCGUGGAUAUGUAAGCUUUAGGGAGAACAAAGUUAGUUACUGCUGUAAUCCUCCUCAAACAUCCACUGGUGUUCAUUUUGAAGCAGAUAAAGGCCAGUAGUCCCGCCGGGCUCCGUCCCUGCAGCUCUGUCUGGAACGGUCGGGAAGCUUGUGCUCCAACCAAACCAGGAUCAAUGCAGUCAUGCAGGUCCCCGGAUACAUGGGGUCACAUUCAGUCAAAGUGGUUAGUUUCAGUACCAGAGGUAAGGUGGAGGACAUCCUCCUCCAGUUACGCCUUUCAGAGUUGUCCUUACCUGUGAGACCACUGGUGUAGCGCCUUAAAGGGACAGGAGGGAAACGAGGUGCGGCUCGUGUUGGGAGACUAAUUUAUUGAAGCAAAGCGUCUGUACCGAUGUUAAAAGCUGAAACAGUGAAGUGUCUAACAUGGCAUUGAAGUGUCUAAUAAAAAAUCACAUUUUGCUACGAUCA